AUGAGGAGGUUUGAUGUGGUUCAAAUAACCUCCGAAUUUAGCGAAAAUCCUAAUGUAAUAAUAACUUCGUUGUGCUAUGUACCAGUUAUUGGGUAUAUAUAUGCAGGAACCAACUUUGGAGAUAUAUUACUUUACAAGUAUGAAGAUUAUAAUGGAAUUCACAAGAAUAGUGGAAAUGAUGUAUUGGGAUUCAACUUGAAUAAAGAGAGAAUGACAGGAAAAGAAAGAUCUAUUCGAAUUAAAAAUAUUUCUCAAAAGUGUAAAAGAAUAGAUAAAAUAUUUCCUAUCAUAUCCUAUGAUACUGUUGUUAAUGAUGAUAUGGAAAGCAGAGUACAUAUUGGGGGUGUGAUUUUAUGUAUAUGCGAUGGAAACUUACUAUAUUUGGAUUUCAGAUUAAGAGGAAAAGUCAAAUUACUCUGUAAAGGAGUUUCUUCGGUCUCUGUUUGGAAAGACAGUUUUAAUAUUAAUACUUUUCAAACCAAAUUUUGUAUUGCUACAAAGAAAAAGAUCAUCUUUUAUAAUACAUGCCUUUUGGGUGAUUUAUUAGAUAUACAGGAUAUUCUGGAAGAUGAUGAGGAAAUGACUGCUAAUUCUAAUAUUAGUAAUAGGAGGAGAUCAAGUCUUGAACGCCGAUCUUCACUCAAUAGAGAUGCAAAAGAUUCCACAAAAAAGGAUGUAGAUAUUGGGAAAAGCUACACUUCUGGAGUGAAUUCUUGGUUUGGAUUUUCCACAAACAGUUCCCAAUCAAAUAACGGUGGCCAUAAAAAUGAUAAUAAUGCUGAUCAUUUACUUGAAGCACCAGCAAUAGGCGAAAGAGGAUACAAGGAUGAUUAUUUGGCCAGUAUAGAGUUUAUUAAAGUUGAUGAAAUUCAGAUUCCAAGUAGGCUCGCUUCGUUUACAGAAAGUAUAAGUAAUAUUGAAUGGUGUAACAAUUGGGUUUGUUUUGUUAUUGCAGGUACUUAUUUUAUUAUGAAUAUUGACGAUCAAAGCAUAAGUGAUAUAUUAAAUUUAGACCAGUUAGGAAACAAUUUUCAACCUCAAAUAAUAAUACUACCAGAACAAGAGUUUAUGUUGACUUGUCAGGAUAAUCUGGGAGCAUUUUUUAGUUUUGAAACUUUAGAACCAUCUCCAAAAUCAAUGAUACAGUGGCCAUCUGAAGGUCUUACGGGAGUAGUGCUAUCAUCUCCUUAUCUUCUUGGAGGAACAAAGAGUGGGAUUAUUCAAAUCUAUUCAUUGGCAAAUUAUGAGGCUAAUUCCUUGGUUAAAGAAAAUAAGGCAGGUACUAAUGUAUCAAACUUUCAAUCUAGAAAUGAAGCAACAUCAAACUUAGGAAGUAAUAGAGGAUUUUUAAAUAAUAAUCACAACAAUGUCCAAACAUUGCAACUGGAUGAUGAAAUUACUUGCAUCUCUACAGGAGGGACUUGCGAAGGAAUAUUUUUUGGUUCUUCAUCGGUCAUGAAAGCCCCUUUAGGGCCUAUGGUCGUUGUUUCAACCAAAACAAGAAUAUAUGCUUUAACUCCUAUUCCAAUUGAGGAAUCAAUUUUUGAGCUGGUUAAUAGGAGCCAGGGAAAGCAGGCAUUUAAUCUAUUGAAAACUUACUGCAAUAGCAAUGAUUUGUUAUUUAAGAGUUUACUAUAUAAAACUCAGUGCCUAGUUGGAUGGUACGAAUUCAAGAAUUUACAAUUUGAAAAGGCUUUUCAAUCUUUCAAACAAGCUCAUAUUGAUCCAAGGGUUCUAAUUAUAUUAUUUUGGAAGGACUUAAUUCCAUUAGAAUGGGAUCACAAGUAUUCAAAAGAUUCUUUGGUAGAUUCGUAUGAAUAUGCAAAAUUACCAUGGACUAAUUCAAAAAGAAAUCUUUCUGAAGAUUUAACACCAGAUGUCAAGUUUCACGAAUCCUUGCUUAACUCACUAUUGAUAAAGAAAACUCAUAAUAAACUUCCUCCAAGUAUUGAUUUAUUUAUUCAGAACUUGCUGUUGAACAAGCCUGAUUUUAAUAGUAACUUGCAGAUAGACAUAGAAGGAGAUCUGGAAAAAAUUGAUGAGUAUAUUUAUUUGGCCAAUAGAUCACUUAAAAUGUUUCUAUUGCAUGAGAGAGAAAGAUAUAUGCCAAAUACUGAGGACUCAAAAGACAUUUUUUGUAAGUUUGGAGAACAAGAUGAAAAACAGAUGGGCUAUUCUACUGGAAAAAUUAUGGAUAUCGCUAUCAUUAAGUUAAUAAUUAAUGAGUUUAAUAGCAAGUACAAAAGAAGCCAUGAUAUUUCUUUAAGCAAUAGAAUCAUUUUAAAUUUACUUGAUAUAGAAUCUGAGACAAAAGAUACUGAAGCAAUAAGUGACUAUGCUUGUUUUCAAAAAACAGAUCAAAUGGAAAUAAAAGAGAUCGAGGAAGAAGAGUUAAUAAUCAAAAGAGUUAUUGGGAAUGUGUUAACGGAAUUUAAUGUUGAUGAGUAUGAAGAGUUUCUUUUAAAUCAUGGGAGAUAUGAUUUAUUAGCUAUUCUAUUGGCUUACAAUUCAUCAUACUUAAGAUCUUUAGAGAUCUUAGAGAAUGUGGUUAAUUCUUCAGAUAGGAGUACCUUGGAAACUUACACGGGCAAGAAUUCGAAUUAUAUUAAUAUUUAUUUGAUAAUAUACCAAGUUUUGUUAAAUUUAUGUAAAUCAGAGAUUACUCCUAUACACAUUCAAGCCAAUUUACUAAAGCGUUAUUCAAGAUUUAUUCUAGACAAAUUUGAAAUCUGUCCAAUAGAUCAUUUAUUUACUUUAAAGCCUGUUGAUAAGUUUCCUUUAACAAUAGAUGAGAUACUUGGAUUAUUUAAUCUACUACCAGCAAUAGCUUCAAAUCAUCUAACUAGAUCUUACUUGGAAAAGAUAAUAGCAACUCAAGGAGAAAACAUCGAAUUAAAACAUAAAAUUCAUUUGAUUGAGAUUUACAUUAAUGAUAUUUCAACAAAAAAUGAAACUGGUAUAAAGCCCUCAGAUGAAGCAAACUCAAGCUAUACAAAUCUUUUCAAUGAAAACUUUCAACCCUCUAAGUUGGCUAUUAUGCUUGAGGAUAUUGAGAAUUUUGACACAGAGAUUCUGGUAAAACACGUAUAUUUUGACGAUACUUUUAAAUAUAAAGUUCAUGACCAUAUUAUUAUUGAGUAUAUAAUCAUUUUAUUCAGAAGCAACAGACAUACUCAGGCAUUGAAUUAUAUAAUUAGUGUUUUAGAGAACAUUGAAUUGGCAGAGAUCUACACUUUAGCGUGGAUUUUUCACAACAUAUAUGCUCUUCAGUCUGAAAAUAUAAGUAUGAAAGGUAUUAUAAUGGAAAAACCGGGGUUUCAGGUAUCUUUUCCAGAUGAUCAGGAAAGCACUCUAAAUAAAAAUAACAAGCAAAAGUAUCGCAAAAUUAAGCUUUUUACGGAGUUUAAACUUUGGAGGAAUUUCAUAGAAGAAUAUUCAAAUAUCUCAAGUCCCCUAGAACAGCAUCGCUCAGGCGACCUAGAAAUGAAUUCCUGGCUUGAAAUCCUGGGCAUUUCCCAGAAUGAAUUAUCACUUAUUUCAGAUGAGCAUACUAAAAGCAAGGACUUUAACGAACAAAGUAAUUACGAAAAGUUGGUGAAUAAAUUGAUAUCAUUGGGUGUAGAGAAGACUUCACAGAAAAUUUAUACUCACAACAUUGUGGAUUCUAACGGAGAGCUGAUAGCUUUGGUUAGAAUCUUGAUAGACUCUUGGAGGUCUUCCAGAGAAGAUUCUCCUUGUAAGGCUGAAAAAUUUUUGAAUUCAACAAUUAAUAUUUUGAACAAGUAUUCAUUUCAUCCUGAUAUUUCUAUUGGGAAUAUUCUUCAAAUUAUUCCAGGAGAGUGGCCUUUACUAAAGAUGAUAAAUUUCUUGAAGAAUAGUUUAGCAUCAUCAAUUCACAAUCAAACAAGCAAAGCGAUUUCAACUAAUUUAUCUGCAAUUUCUUUUCUUCGUCUCUACGAAAAGUGGUCAAAUGCCCGCUCUAAUCAUGUUACAAUUACCCAAGAUAUGAUUUGCCAUGUAUGCUCACUUAAGUUGGGCAAUAAGCCUUGUGCAAUAUAUCCAAAUGGUUCCUGCAUCCACACUCAUUGUUUAUCCAAUGAAUAUUAUUCAUUCAACUCCUAUUAA